AUGGCCUCCCACUUAAUUUUUUUUAGAUUUCCCGCUUCUUUUUGUCUCAUUUUCUGCCUCCACCCACAUUUUCCUUUCACUCACUCUCUCUCUGUCUCUCUCUGCCGCGGAUCUCCCUCACCUGAUCUCGCCGCCGACAACCACCAUCCACAUUGCAGCUGUCAACGACGGCGUGGUGGCUUCCCUUCUUCCUUUACCAGCCUUCCCCUUCACCCAUCUCCUCUCCAGCUCUUCUUCUUUACUCAAAUCUCAUCCUCCUCCAAAAUUUCAAACCCCAAGCCCCAGCCUCUACCCAAAGCUAGAAUGAAGAUGGAACAAAAGUUGAAUACAGGGUUUGGAAUCCGUUUCGUUCAAAGUUGGCUACCACCAUUCUUGGUGGGGUUGAUGAAAUAUGGAUUAAACCUGGUGCACGGGUGCUUUACCUUGGGGCUGCUUCUGGAACCACAGUCUCUCAUGUGUCUGACAUUGUUGGUCCUACUGGAGUGGUUUAUGCAGUGGAAUUUUCUCAUAGAAGUGGUUUUAAUAUGCUUUAACACAUGGUUUUAAUGUGAAUAAAGUCUCAAAGCAUUUGGGCUAGUAUUAAAACUAUAGCAAUUUUCUUUUGGGAUCCUAAAUCUAUCACGGACAGACUUGAGUCAGCUG